AGAAAAUGAAGGUUGUCGGAGCAAAUGUCCACUUCCAGAAGUUAGAAGCCAAGUGCUCCUCACCAACAUUCUUCCAAAGCUAUCUGCAAAUGAUAGCCGCUCAAGAACUCUCCGAAUUUCUUCAAAUGGAGAUUCGCCUCAAAUUCGAGGAAGAAGUUCUCGAAUUCUACAGAAAUGGAGAUAUCAAAACUGCCCAUUCAAAGAAGGACCCACAGAGGACGUUUCCAGUCAUCAAGUCCACUAUUGGAGGUACAAAAGUAAAGCUUUCGCAGAAGAAAUUGGGAGAAAAGCUUCGCCUUCCCAAUUCUGGAGUUGAAGUUGGGAAAUUUCCAGUCAAAAAUCUGGACUGGAACAUCAUUGGAAUUUCUAGGCGAACUCCUUCUGGCCCUGCGAAGAAAGCAGAUCUAAACAACGAUUAUAAGUUGGUUUUGGAACUGGUUAUCGCUUGCCUCGAGUGUGGAAGUGGAGGUCAUGCCGAUGACAUCACCCAAGAGAGAGCCUUCAUUAUCAACUCUCUCAUUACUAAAACUAAGGUAAACCGGGCUGCACACUUUUUCAAUUCCAUCUCAAAGCAUUUGGGAAAGCCCAACCAGAAAUAUCUCUGUCAAGGACUAUACCUUGGACAUAUUUUGGGAUCUAUGGGUAUUGCUUCUAAAGGAAAGAAGUAUGAAGAAAGAUACUGGCUAUACUAUCUGUCUACAAAAGGGGAAAACAGAGCUGGCACUAGUGCCACUUCAGAAGAAAGCUCUUCAGAUAACAUCCCACUCAUCCAUAUGACGAAGACUACCAAAAGGAAGAAAGUGGUGUCUCCCUCCAUUGAAGCACCACAGAAUCUUGCUCCAAUAAACCUUGAAGAAGAGGAAGGAUCCUCUGACCAAGGAGAACUUCAAAGGAAGAAGAAGAGGAAGAUCAACUCCCCCUCAACAUCUAGAAAUGUCAAUCCGGAUGAGUUGAAGGAAAAGGAACCUACUGAGGAAACAUCUGCUCGUAACCAGAGCCCUCACCAAUUUGAAGAAGAAAUUCCUCAAGUCCAAAGCCUUCCAACCUCAUCUCAGCAUCAAACAGAUGAUGCAGAUAACCAAUUCUGGCAGCUAUACUAUGAUUGGAAAGCCUGGAAAGUUGGAAAUUCAGCAGAGCAACUGUUGAAUUGGGACCAACAGCUGAAGAAUGAGAAAAUCAUCAAGAAGUGCUUAGGAAUACCAGUCAACUGUUGAAACACAGGUUUAUCACGUUUUCGUACUAAAGCCGGCGUUCGUUGUUAUGACAGGUUUUGAUAAUGCCAAACCGCCGUGAACGAGACAAGUCAUUGAAUUUACAAGGCGAGAACCAAAGAUGAUAAGAAAGAGAACAAGAGCCAAACGAAGACCAAGAAUGAAGACCUUAGUCUUAG